AUGGCUGCAAUCGUGGAACGGCGCAGUCGCCCCCAGGUUACAGUCAAUCUCGACGAUCCGAAGGACGGGAUUGUCAAUCGCUACACUACCGGUGAUGAGAUCAAUUUUAACGUAACGGUCACUGUGAGAGAGGAUGUGAUGAUCGGUGCCCUCCAGAUCACCUUUGAAGGUUGCGCCAGCCAGUUGAGAAUGGACGAUUUCCACCUUGUUGAACUCUUCGUUGCGGCAUUGUGUAUAGUUUCCCGUUCACCUUUGUUCUGCCUGACCGGCUCUUGCCCCAAGCGUGCGACCACGAAACGUCCAACUGGGUUCUGA